AGAUAUGAUUUUCAUCUCUUUCUCCACUACAUUCACAAAUUCUUUCACCACCACUUCCAUUACCUCUUUCCCACAACUUGUAUUAAUUCCUUCUCACCCUCAUAUAUAUCUCACACAAUUAGUAAUUAAAUUAAAAAUUACUUACCAUGUCCACCACAAUGCAAAACGACGCCGUUCAAGCCUCAUCGUCGACGUCACGACCCAACGGCGCGGAUCAACAACCAACCGCAACGGCUCCUUUGAGCCGUUACGAGUCACAAAAAAAACGUGACUGGAACACGUUUGGACAAUACUUAAGAAACCAAACACCAGCAGUUUCAUUGUCUCAGUGCAACUUCAACCACGUACUUGAAUUCCUUCGUUACCUCGACCAAUUUGGAAAAACUAAGGUUCAUUUACACGGUUGCAUCUUUUUUGGACAACCCGAUCCACCAGCACCGUGCACGUGUCCUUUGAGACAAGCUUGGGGAAGUCUCGAUGCACUCAUCGGACGGCUUAGAGCAGCUUACGAAGAACACGGUGGAUCGCCGGAGAAUAAUCCGUUUGGGAGCGGAGCUAUUCGUGUUUACCUUCGUGAGGUUAAGGAGUGUCAGUCAAAGGCAAGAGGGAUUCCUUACACAAAGAAAAAGAAGAAAAGGAUCACUCAAAUUAAGGGCACUCAUGCUACUUCUAAGUCCUUCAACCAAUUAGCUUCUUGAGCUUCAUGGACACAAGAUUGACUUACUUGGAUCUUGGAUUGGAAACUUUACGACUGCUAGAACAAGAAGUAUCAUCUGCACUUCAUGGACUGAAAAUUCAUCACAGGAAAAUAUUGAUGGAUCCCAAUUUGUAAAACAGAACAUCACAAUAAUCUUUUUGUAGCAAGUUUGUUCAGAGUAAGUCUUAAUUAAAUAUAUGUACAAUAAUCUUGUAAGUUUAUCACAUAUUAAACCUCAUCUUCAAAGUACAAACGAUAAUUAAGAAUGCUGCUAGCUUUACAAGUCAUAUUAUCUUCUUUGAGAUCUUAAAAUAUGUAAUAUGUUGCUGCUUAAGGCAUGUUGUUUUGAAAGAGUUGUCUUUAAGACCAUUCA